CCGAAACGUUGAUGGUGCAAGUUGUGUUGUGUGAAUUGUGAAUGGUAAUCGAUCGUGGUUCAAAACACAAAACAACAACUGUGUUGUACUAUGUUUUCUCCACUUUGAGUCCUGGUGUAUCUCUUAUUCGUCAUUAAAUGUUCAAACAGUGUGUUUUUUCCCCGCUUGGUAAAGAAAACCAUUUGACCCGCGGUUGAAACGGUGAAAGUGAAAAGAUUUCGAAAUCGGUAAUUAUAAUAAAUUAAGGAAAAAUUGAAGCGAAAAGAUAACUGCUCGCUCAAGGUGAGCGAAAUAAUAAAUUCAACAGCAACAAAGGAAAGUGAAACAAAACAAAUUUCCCGCAAAGUGGUGUUCCGGCCGGAAAGCUCGCGGUCUGGUGGCAGUGUGUCAAAUUCAAAGUGUUUUGUUCGAGAAGUGUCCGGGUUUCUUUAGUUUUCCUUGUGUUUUCGCCUGCUCUUCGGUGUGCAAGGCGGUAAAUUUUGGGCCAGUUUUCGUUUUCACCUUUCGUCAUAAUUAUCUCCUACAUAAUGCGGCGCUCUUUUCCAGCGUUUGAUAAAAUCGGCUAAAGCGUGGCAAAAGGCAUGCAAACCGCCCGCCAGCCACUUCCGCCGGUGAAAGGUGCAGCAGCCCAAGUGACCCAGUGUGCCCAGUGACAGGUGAAGGAAAUAUCAACAAAAAAGAAAAAAAAAAGAAAUACGAAAGUAAACCCACCAGUGGGCAAAUUUGAAGAAAUAUAAAAAAAUCUAGCGGUAAAGUACGGAAACGAAGAUAAAAGUGUAAAUUGCCAACCGGAGGUGAAUGUGAAAAUUUGGCGCAGUGUAGGAAAAGAAACAAAAAAAAAUGAAUAACAACAGCUCGCGAACGCAUCUGCCCUGGAUGUUCAACAACUCGCUGGCAAUCCGCCAGGAGAUCCAGCGGUUCGAGAGCGUCCAUCCGUCAAUCUACGCCAUCUACCACCUGAUCGAUCUCAUCCCGGACGGACAGGUCGCGCAGCAGAUCCGGGAUCACGUCGUUUGCAUUGAAGAUUCGUUCGUCAACAGCCAGGAGUGGACCAUCUCGCGAUCGGUGCCGGACAUCCGGCUCGGCAUCGUCGGCAGUCUCAGCUCGGGCAAGUCGGCCCUGGUGCACCGCUACCUGACCGGCACGUACAUGCACGAGGAGUCGCCCGAGGGCGGCCGGUUCAAGAAGGAAAUCCAGAUCGACAAUCAAAGCUACCUGCUGCUGAUACGGGACGAGGGUGGUCCGCCGGAGAUACAGUUUGCUGCCUGGGUCGACGCGGUUAUCUUCGUCUUCAGUCUCGACAACGAGUCCAGCUUCAACGCGAUCUACACCUACUACAACCGGAUAGCACACCAUCGGAAGACGACGGAGAUACCGUUCAUACUCGUCGGUACACAAGAUGGUAUUUGUGAGCGGGCACCGCGUGUAAUUGACGAUGCAAGAGCCCGUAAGCUGGCGCAGGAUCUGCGGUCGACAUACUACGAAACCUGCGCUACCUAUGGACUGAACGUGGAACGAGUGUUUCAGGAAGCCUGCCAGAAGAUUGUCCAGCAGCGCCUUUCGACCGGUUCCACGAUUACUCCUACCAACUCCCGGCCAACCACGCCGCAAGGUACGCGGCUCGGUUUGGCCAGCUUUCAUCCAGCCACGCAGCUGUCAGUUCCUAGCCCGACGAAUGGGUUCACCAGCGGGACGAACGCCGGUUCGAGCCCGGCCAACGUGGGCCAUGCGGUAGCCAAUUCCUCCCCCAGUCACCAGCAGCAACAGGCCGGAGGAGGAGGAGGCAUGACGCUACCCCAUCGGCAUCACGCGCUGUCCGCUUCGAGCCAUCACAUUCCGAUCAAGGUCAGUGCGGAGCUGAUCGCGGCGGAAGUGCAGCAUCAUCAGAAUACGGCCGCAGCCGUUGGUGGAGGGAACGGACAGAAGUGGGGCACGAUCUCGCACGGUACAUCGCAGCAGGCGCUGCUAGCGCUUACGAACGAGAAUAACAACAUCGCCAAGUUUGUGCCACCGAUGCACCCGGUAUCGUCCGCCGGUGGUCCGAACAACGAUGGGCUGCAAUCGCUCGGAUUGCCCACGGGGAAGGACAACGGAAGUGGUGGCAGUGGUUCCGCCAAAGACAGUGGCAAAGAUGGGAAGGAACUCCCAACACCAACGUCCACUCCGACCACCUCGCGCAAGAGUCGCCGAAGGUCGAACCUUUUCAUUCCUUCCUCGUCGAAAAAGGAACAGCAGCAACAGGAAAAGAUUAAGAAUGGCGAACUCGGCUCUGGCAGGGCCAUUCCGAUCAAACAGGGCUACUUGUACAAGCGCAGCAGCAAGUCACUCAACAAGGAUUGGAAGAAGAAGUACGUGACACUGUGCGACGACGGUCGGCUAACGUAUCAUCCGUCGCUGCACGAUUACAUGGACGACGUGCACGGGAAGGAGGUGUCACUGCAGUACGUUACGGUGAAAGUACCCGGCCAGAGGCCACGCGGUACCAAAUCGAUCAUCACGAACAGUGCGCUGACGGCGGCCGCUGCCCAGGCACAAGCGGCCCAAGCGUCCAGCAAUGGAACCAACGGGCAGACUAACGGGCUUACCGAAGGCAUCGGCGGACUGUCGUUGGCGAAGGACCGCAAGUGCACGGAGAAGGUGCUGCUGACCGCGUUCGACACGCUACGGGAGCCGGUGAAAUCGAACUCGCAAACGAGUGGCGAUGAGGGCAUCGUGAUAAGCAACAGCAACUCGCAGAGUUUCCUCGGCAGUGACAGUAACACCAUCGGCGGAGGUGGUGUUGGUGGUGGUGGCAGCAAGAUUGACGCCCAGACCCCGAACGUGAAGAAGCGCCACCGGAGGAUGAAGAGCAGUGGCGUGGGGAAGAACAGCGAAUACGAUGAUUCCGAUGGGUUCGAGUUUUACAUCGUUUCGCUGGACAACAAGCAGUGGCACUUCGAGGCGUCCAACUCGGAGGAACGGGACGAGUGGGUUUCGGUGAUCGAGCAGGAGAUCUUCAAGAGCUUGCAGGGCAUCGAGUCGUCCAAGUCGAAGCCACUAAAUCCGAGUGAUAUUGCAUCGAUGCAAUCGAUCCGUAGUCGGGUUCCCGGCAAUGGCUACUGCGUUGAUUGUGAUUCACCAAAUCCCGAAUGGGCUAGUUUAAAUCUCGGUGUCCUAAUGUGCAUUGAAUGUUCUGGUGUACAUCGGAAUCUUGGUUCCCAUAUCAGUAAAGUGCGUUCGCUUGGACUCGACGAGUGGCCACCUGGUCAUCUGAGCGUUAUGCUAGCCAUCGGCAACAGUCUAGCAAACUCCGUCUGGGAAGCGAAUACACGCGGUCGUGUGAAACCUACUCCCGCCAGCUCGCGGGAGGAAAAGGAAGCGUGGAUUCGAAGCAAAUACGAGGGCAAAGAUUUCCUUCCACCUUUCAAUCCAUCUCCACCGAUCGGACAGCAGCUGUGCGAAGCGGUCGUUCGAUCGGACAUGAAGUCCAUCAUCAUCCUGCUGGCCAAUGCUUCCCACGAGCACAUCAACUCAACCGCCAGCAAUCGUGACCUCCGGACGCCGCUGCUGCUCGCGUGCGCCAUCGGAAACCUCGCCAUCUCACAGCUGUUGAUAUGGCACCACGCCAACCUGAAACAUGUCGACAAUGAGGGUCGCUCGUGCCUAACGUUCGCCAAGGCGGCCAACUCGCUGGCCGCUGCUAAGCAGGCGAUGAACUCGCCGCAUCACGUGAACGUCGAGACGACGGCGGCCCUGGUGGAGCUUCUGACCAGCCUUGGGUGCACCGAUCCGGCCCCAUUUUCUGCCAGCGGUACGUUACCCCGCCGGCGGGAAACCAUCGAUCAGGCGACGUUCGAAAAGUUCUCCUCCAGUGUGAUCUAGGCGACCGGACAGAGGUCCGGUGUUUCUCAGCAGCACCUUAGACAAAUUGGUUAACACGCAAUCUCAAACGUUUACGUCAAAUCUGGCUGGUAGGAGGAAAGAUCCGCUUCCGGAAAGUAGACACAUAUAUAUUAUGCUAGAAUAGACGGAAAUAGUCCCUGCACCGCCCAAUGCAGGCAGCUCUUGAUAGAAAAAGGAUCUGCAAAGCACACUUACAAACAAAGAAACAUGCACCACACAUAGAUCUUGUGCGUGUGUUGUGUAAAUCGUUUCAUUUCGUUCCGAUGCACCAAAUUGAUGUUUGCGUCCGUGUAUACCAUGUUUGUUAUCGCACGUUAGAAAGAGAUACUUAACACUUUGAUGAAUACUAACUAAUUCUAUUACUGGCAAUCGUGGCAAAGUAGGAUCGUUACAAAACAAACUAAACAAAAUUAUCCCCCAUAAGGCAAUGUGAUUCGUAUGUUUCGACCGUAGGAUUUGGUUUUCGUUUCGUUUUAAAGGAGCCUGUUCGUUUUGUUUUGUUUCCACGGUUCGUGCCGUCGAUCGGUCGAUCAUGGGUGUUUCUUUUAAUGGCUAUCGUCGGGAGGGUUGUACGCAAACGGUGUAUAUAGUAAUGUUUCCUAAUGAUCCUCAACUCCCCCCGCGGAUGCCGCGAUCCUAAGCAGAAGAGGGAAAGUUUUGUACAAUAUGUGUGUAAGGGAAUAGGCUACGUAUAUGAAGUAUUAGUAUUACACCGGAAAUAGUGUAACAGGCGAAGAAAACACGGUGGUCGAAUUGUAUUGUAAUGUACGGAGGGUUGAGAGUAUGAUUAAGAUUAUGGUUAGUCCUUUUUUCAGAUUUGAAAUUUUGUUUUCAAUUGUACGUAAAAUGAUUUUAUUGCGGUUGUUUCGGUGAUUUGUUUUUAAGUUUAGCUUAAACUAUCCGGCACUCCGAACGAGUGUCGAAGAGCAAAAACCCUAAGGGAAUAGUUGAUAAAUCAGAGAGAGGGAGAGAGGGAGCAAUUUGUUUAUCACAGGCAGACCAUGCUACAUAGAAACGCUUUGGUUAAAUAGACCCGUUCUUACCUAAUUCUUCUCACCGUCUAACUGUUUACACAUUACAACUUUUAAUAUUAUGAUAGUCAUUCCUGCAUAUGAACAGAUCCCAAGGCAAACUGCUUUCCGUUUGAAUUUCACAAUCGAGGCUAACGGUUAAGAUCAUCGUAAUAGGUUUUGUUAAUUUAUGUUGUUUCUAGUUUAGUCUUGCUGAGGUCAGUUUUGUCCACCACAAGGUAUGAUGGUGCGGGUAGAAUGGAAGUUUAACAUUUGAAGAGGAAACAGAGAUCAUCCCAUCACAUCUCCCUCGUUGACUUCUUUAUCAUAUCUGUUUUAAGCAUCACUGGAAGGGCUCCAUAGUGAUAACCGUAGAUCAAAAGGAUGGCCCUUAGUACUCGAUGAUUUGAUCUCGUUUGUUAGAAAAAAAAACCUUCACCAUACUAAACCCAUUUCAUCGCCAGCAAUCACGAAAUCGGAUCCCAUUUUCAUCCACAUUCGAUCGUCCAUCGUAGGUAAAGAUUCCGGUUAGUUAUAGUUCGGUGCAAAAUCCAACGGCUACGAUUUCCUCGCUCUUUUUCGUAGAUAGCAGUACGGGAGCGAAUAUAGCCCUUUAUCGAUAUUUCAUAGUUGGAUGCUAGGUGCAGCUGCGGGCCUCACAUAGGAGUACUUUACUGAAAUGAACUAACUAUACGAAGAAUAGAUAAGCGAAACCCCUCUCCUAUGACCUUCCUCUCAUCACAAACAAACAUAUGCCAAAUGUUUUAGUCUAACUAACUGAAACCCCUCUCGAGGGAAGUUAACAACUUUGACGUACUUCGGCCACAAGCAUAUGUCUGCCCCCAAAUGGAUGAAUGACUUAUGCCGUUUCAUAGCAAAACCUAUAGAAGAAACGAUCUUAUACGAUUACAUAGCAUAGUAACAUGAAAAGGUACACUAGUAUAGAUGCAUACCACACAUAAUACAAACCAUGAACCAAUCUACCAGCUACAAAUACAAGCACACUCACGAUACCGAUUAAAAUUCCUAUAUUGAAGAAAUAUUCUAAUACAAGAUGUAAAGAGCAGUGCGGUGUGUGCCGUUUGUUCCGUGUUUGGCAAAACAUUUAACAAACAAUAAUAAAGUGAAAACAAAAACCCUAGUAGAAACGAUAAACCUCACACCCAACAAACGAAGAUACAAAUGCUUAAUAACAACGGCAAAGUGACAAACAAACAAAACCCAUAACAAAACAAAACAAAACAAAAAAAGAGAGAACGUUAAAAUAUCAACAGUUUAUAAGAGUGCUAACAUGAAGCAAAUGAAAUUUAAUAGAAAAGUAUGAUUGCAAAUCAUGGAAUACAGUGCUAAACUACUUACCCUUUCUUAAGACAGGAGCAGACUAAUGUUGAACUAGUAAUAUCCGAUUCAGAACAGAAAAAGGACAAAGGUCUACUUUAUUGGAAAUACCAAAACCCUGUAAAACGUUUGCAUAAGGCAAUAGACAACUGUUUGAAUACAAAGUUUAAAACGCGUGGAAUUUGUAUUGGAGAAAAGUAAGAUCUUUACGGUGCCCCCUUGGAAUAUCCCCGAGAUAAUGUAAACAUGUGAGCAGCACCAGCGAAGGAACGUGUAAAAGUAAUAUACAAAGAAACCUA